CAAUAUCUCUUUCAAUAAUCCUUUGUUCUGUAAUCUCACAGAUCUUCGCUGAAGAGGAAGCAGGGCUGCAUACACUCGCAGAUAUCUUCCUUGUUCUCCUCCUUUAUAGCCAUGAAGAAGCAAAAAUCCCCCGCGACGCAGAACCCGUUUGAUGUUCUCUCUGAGGAGCUCGUCUUCAGCAUCCUCGACCACCUUGAUUCUAACCCGCUUGACAAAAAAUCAUUUUCCCUGGUUUGUAAGUCUUUCUAUUCCAUCGAAGCUAAACACCGUCGAACCCUGAAACCCCUUCGCUCAGAACACCUCCCAUCAGUUUUAAAUCGAUACCCUUUUGUAACCCAUCUCAAUCUUUCCCUUUGCCGUCGAGUCACCGAUGGUUCCUUGGCGUUUGUGGCAGACGCUUACAAAGCCACGCUCCAACGGAUUGAUCUAUCCCAGUCCAAGUUCUUCUCCAGUAAUGGGUUGCUUAAUUUAGCUAUGAACUGUAAGAAUCUGGUGGAGUUGGAUUUAUCGAAUGCGACGGAGCUGAGAGACGCGGCGGCGUCUGCGGUGGCUCAGUUUUCGAACUUGGAGAAGUUGUGGGUGGGGAGGUGCAAGCUGAUUACGGACAUGGGAAUUGGGUGUAUUGCAGUCGGGUGUAAAAAGUUGAGGUUGAUUUGCUUGAAGUGGUGUGUGGGUGUUGGCGAUUUGGGGGUGGAGUUGAUUGCUAUCAAGUGUGAGGAACUUCGUAGUUUGGAUCUCUCUUAUUUACCUAUCACAGAUAAAUGUCUGCCAUCAAUUUUUAAACUGCAAUAUCUUGAAGAUUUGGUUCUUGAAGGAUGCUUUGGCAUUGAUGAUGACAACACUGAUGUCUUCAAACAAGGUUGCAGAACAUUAAAGAAACUUGAUAUCUCUGGCUGUCAAAACAUUACUCACAUCGGUCUGUCUGCAUUAAUAAGCAGUUCUGGAUGUCUUGAACAACUUAAUUUAGCGGAUGGUUCUCCUGUGACUCUUGCUCUGGCUGAUGGGUUGAACAAACUUUCAAUGUUGCAGUCGAUUAUAUUAGAUGGCUGCCUGGUUACCUCUUCUGGAUUAAAGGCUGUUGGAUAUUCAUGCUCGUCACUAAAGGAGCUGAGUUUAAGCAAAUGCUUGGGUGUGACAGAUGAAGCUCUCUCGUUUGUUGUUUCAAAACACAGAGAUUUGAGAAAGCUUGAUAUCACAUGCUGCCGCAUGAUAACUGACCUUUCCAUUGCAAGCAUUGCAAGUUCAUGCACCAGUCUUACUUCUCUCAAGAUGGAGUCGUGUAGCCUAGUUUCAAGAGAAGCAUUCAUCUUGAUUGGACAGCGAUGCCAUUCUCUUGAGGAUCUUGACCUAACCGAUAACGAAAUUGAUGAUGAAGGUCUUAAAUCUAUUUCUUCUUGUGCCGGACUUUCCAACCUAAAAGUAGGAAUCUGCCUGAACAUAACUGACAGGGGGCUUUCCUAUGUUGGCAAGUCCUGCCCGAAGUUAAAAGAGCUAGAUCUCUACAGGUCGACAGGGAUAACAGAUGCAGGUAUUUCAGCUAUUGCUUGUGGCUGCCCCGAACUUGAGAUGAUUAAUGCAGCCUAUUGCACCGCCAUCACUGAUAGCUCCUUGAUAUCCUUAUCGCAAUGCCCUAAGUUGAAAACGCUUGAGAUUCGUGGGUGUACUCUGCUGACUUCAGUUGGUCUAGCAGCUAUCGCCAACAAGUGUACGCAACUUACUCGUCUAGACAUAAAGAAGUGUCACAACAUCGACGAUAGAGGGAUGGUUUCAAUAGCUUGCUUCUCCCAAAACCUAAGACAGGUUUUCUCCUCAUUCUUCACUUCCCAUAAAUUUUCAUACAGCUCAAUUACUGAUCUGGGUCUACUUUCCCUCUCUAGCCUUAGCAGCCUGCAAACCUUUACGGUUAUCCAUGUACAGGGCUUGACUCCAAGAGGACUGGCUGCUGCUUUAUUGGCAUGUGGAGGGCUAAAAAAAGUGAAGCUCCAUCUUUCAUUAAGAUCGCUGUUGCCUGAUCCUUUUAUCAAACACAUGGAAGCGCGUGGAUGUGUAUUUGAAUGGAGAAAUAAAGUGUUUCAGGCUGAAGUGGAUCCCAAGUGUUGGAAACUACAGUUGGAAGAUCCGACGCAUUAGAAACUUUUCUAAUCUUUGAAUGCAAAAUAUGGCGGAUGGGGGAGGAGUUUUCUCUUUUGUAAAGCGUAAAAGAUCUUAUUUUGAUUGUUCAUGGAGCUUUCAAAACACCUCAGAAUUCGUUACACAUAACGGUGUUACCCUUUUGUAAAUUGUUGAAGCAAUGUGGCUAGGUUAGCUUGAAUGAUACUCGCUAUUUUGGGAGAAAAUAUAGAAAUUCUCUUUGGAGCAGAGUUUAUCUUUAACAGUGGGUUCUUUUUGAGACUAAAUUAUCAGUGUACUCGAAUUUUUCUUGAUCUCUUAUUAAAUGGCUUUUCUAGAAUUAUUCUGGGAUCAA